UGCCGGAGGUAGACGCGGAGGAAGGGCUGCGCUAGCCGUCAACGUUCUCGGCUACAGGCACGUGGCGUUGUUCCCGUCGUGUUCGAGGAACUCCGAAGUUUCCACGGAGGCCGAGUCGCGACGGAAGUUUGUGUGCGAUUGAUCAGUUGAUUGAUUGAUCGGGUCGGUUGGUCCUUCGUCGCGUGCUGGGAGCGCAGUUGAGGAAGAAGAAGUCGUACCGGCGAACUGACGUUCUGUUUUUUCGAGCUUGUCGUCUGCUCGUACCCGUAUUCGUUAGCAGACGACAUCACCGUCAGGAAUUUCCCCGACGAAAAUCCCGUAGAAGCCGCAGCCUUGUGGACUUCGUGCGCGAGAGUUGGACGGGGAUUUUUACCCGGCGGUGUGCUUUAUUGUUGGCGUGGUUGCGCAGAUCGUGCACGUGACACUUGUGCGGCGCUUCUCGUGUGGUGCGUCGAACAGGUGUGCCUCCUGUGCGCGUGGUUUCAUGCCUCGCGCUGGUGUGCAACCGUCAGCGUCUCCUUUGACACUUCUCUGAGAGCAACGAGAGAUGGCUUCUUCGACGAGAAUCGCCAUGCCGUCGAGAUGGCUGGACAUUCUUCUCACUGUCAUCUUCUUCUUCCACGAAGGCUCGGCGGUGUGCUACUUCCCGGUCGAGCUGCACGGCACCUUCCUGAUGCAGACGCAGGCGACGCAGGCGUACGGAGGCUCGGUGGUCUCCUACUCCGAGAUCACCGUCGAGGUGGACGCCAUACCGCCGUGGGGGCGCUGCCAUCGGCGACGAGGACACCACGUCAUCCUCAAGGACAGCACGGGCGCCGAAGACUGCAUGCGUUGUUUUCACCUGACGCUCAAGACCCCGAACGUGAUUCAGAUUCACGCCGAAGGUCUUGCCCGGUGCUACACGAACGAGGAGGCUGCCAGAGCGACGUGUCCCGAUGACCGGGCAGUCUCGGAGCGGCGGUUCACCGAGAUCAUACUCUACAGGAAGCACCAGGAGGAGCAGCUGAAGGCCAACGGACUGCUGGGCGAGCCACCGUCGCCCUCGCUGCAGGGUUCCUCCCUUCACCAGAUGUUCUGUCCAAUCAACGGCCGCUACCGCUUCCAGUACAGCGCGAACGGUGAAGAGUUCCGCUGCGCCGAGCCUUUCUCCUCCGAACUGAGCAACUGUCCCCGGGGAGACGGACUCACCGUGCGAUUCCGCCAGUGCUCAUUCCCCGACUUCGACGUGAGCUUCCUGUGCUUGGGCGACUGGGAGAGCGGCCGAGGUGGAGACCGCUACCUGGCCCUCAUGGACCUCCGGAAGGACCCGGAGUCCAGACCACGAUACCGCUGCGGGCUGUACCGCGAGGAACCGGGUACAGGCCGCGUGUACGUGGCCCUGUCUUCCGACUCGACCUGCACCACGCAGCUGACGUCAGCAACGAGCGGCUACGAGUCACUCGUUCUCACACCAGUGCCCGAGCGUAGCCUCCCAGCUGAGGUGGAGUCGGCCACGUGCCGCUUUCCGGAGUGGAGCCAGGGCCAGUGGGAGCGGGCGCGCGUCGAGGCCGGCACCCUGGUGUUCCGGGACACCGAACGAUUCGUCACGCUCACGGCGCGUUGCGUCACACGACAGAACAGCACGCCAAACGACCGGCUGCUCGUCUACGGCGUCACACAGUGCGGCGAGGAGCUGUACUACUGCCUAUGGAUGCGGCGCCGAUCGCUCAACGUCAUGGAAUUCCAGCUGGGUUCGAAUCCCAGUGCCCACCCUUCGGACGCGCUCUGCAGUGACGACCAAUUUGCGACCACAACCUGGGUGACGCAAGGAAGGAGCCAGUCAUCGCUGGCCUCGUGCCCCAUCACGGGCGACUACACGGGCGUCAUUCCGGGCACCACGGGUCUGUGCGCCCGAGUGGCCUCGGACUGCAACAACCCGGACAUCAUGUUCUACUCGGUCAGCAGCUGCGACAACAAGACGCACGUCUACGAAGAACGCGAGUACCGUUGCCUCGGCAGCUGGGAGGAAGAUGGUGUCACCUACACCUACACGCAGCGUAGGGACAUUCCAGGAUACCAGUGCUUUUCUGGGAAGAUCAUACGAAGUGGAGACGAGGCCUACAUCAAGGAGGCUGGCGAGAGCUGCAUGAGGGGUGAAGAUCCUCUUCUUUACGGGAUGAAGAUAGCCAAGCAAGCCUCGUGCAACACUGUGCUCCCUCCUCGCCCUCCUCCCGUCCGCACGCCCUCGAUACCCCCGCGGAAGAUCGGGGGUCGCCCGCUGGUACCUCCACUGCACCCCAACACCCACGACCCGUACUGGUACCGGGCCGAGACCCAGCACCCCAGCACAAAGACCUGGAAGGCCGUCACUGGCCGUCCGCGGUUGAACGAGAUCCCGGGCAGCAGCGUGGGGAUUUCUGGAGGAAGCCGCGUGGCGAUGGCCGUGUCCUGGACGGCGAUCCUCGCAUUCCUGGCCCUCUCGGCCGGAGCCCGGUGAAUCCCAACUUUCUGGUCCAACGUUUGCACAGUCAGCCCGGUGUACUCCACUGCACAAACUCCAAGAGAUGGCGUACAGUCUGCUAGUUCCAACCUGUGAUACCGCCCCGCCACGGCGACUCUUCAAGCAACUGCUUCACUGCGGAGUGAAAUGGCAGCAUAGGCCAACUUACUGGAAACCUAAAGGCAUUGUCGAACCUAAUCUGUGGAGUGACAUUUGUGAUUUCAUCUGCGUAUGGCCUGCGGGUGAAAGGCUGUGCAAGAGUUCCUCGCCGAGGCAACAGGGAAAGUGUGCGGCAAAUGCAACCGUCUUCGCGGAGCUCAUCCCGGCCUCGGUUGAUGCAACGGUGGCAAGAAAAUGGACAGUUCUCGCCAAUGUGGUGCUUGCGGGUCGCCUGAGAAUCAAAGUACACAAGACGUCGCAACUACGCUGUGGACUGCUGCGCGCAGACGCAACUUUGCAGUGCAUGCGACAUUUGUAGUUUCCCGAACUCGCGAAUCCAGACAAGCCUGCAGCGAAACAGCCCGUCAGUGUGUGGCAUUCGCACAUGCAAUGCUGAGA